GCAUACAGCCUUACAGAGACAGGAGGGGAGAGUCAGAGACGCGGAGAAGAAGAGGAGGAGUGCGAGAGAGAGAGAGAAGGAGAGAAUGUCUGCUGAGAGGGUGGCUGUCGUUCCUCGUUCACAAACUGGCCCUCGCUGAGACACCAUGGGCUGUAUUGGCUCCCGCACCAUCACGGCGGAUGCAGUUCCAGUUCGGAAAGAUGGGGAUCAGCAUGGACGUGCUGAAUUUUCCUGGGAAGGAAUCAAUCUGUCCAUGGAGGACACCACCUCCAUUUUGCCCCGUUUGAAGCGGAACUCCAACGCCUAUGGGAUUGGAGCUCUGGCUAAGUCCUCUCUGACAGGUGUGUCAGGGGUUACCAGAUCAAUGAAGGACAAAGUGACCAAGCCCACUGCCAUGGCUCAGGGUCGUGUGGCCCACAUGAUUGAGUGGCAGAGCUGGGGUAAACCAUCUGCAGGGCCAGAAGGGGGAGCGGGACGCUCCAAUCUGAACCGUGAGAGGGAGAGACGGCUUGAAAAUGAUGCCUAUAGUGACCUGAGUGAUGGAGAAAAAGAGGCACGAAUGGCAGCGGGCAUUCUGCAGCAGUUUGCCAUCUCUGAGGCCACACUCUUAGGCUGGAACUCUAUGGAUGGAGAGAGUCUCUGUGCCAACUCCAACCAGGGCAGCGUGGCUCACCUCAGUGAGGUUAACCAGGAGAGCAUCACCAGCAGAGACCAGCCGUUGCAUCAUUCCUCUGCAGAUGUGUGGCCUCACACCUACGUCUCCCAAGGACUUUACUGUCUCUCCUCCUCUGAUGCAUGGGAGCCAAUCAGCAACGGGACCUCGGGUGUAGCUUCUCCCGCUGCCAGCUCUUACAUCAUGGCGGGCGGGGCUUCGGGUGAGGGUUAUGAUGGUUCCACCCACUAUUUGACGUUGCAGCAGCCGAACCACCUACAGCAGUUCCAACAGUAUCAGCAGUACCAGCAGCAGCAGCUCCUGCAGUAUCAACAGUCUUUGGAACAUCGAAUGCACAGCGCCUCUCACUCCUUACAAGCCACUCCCAACAGCACUAUUCACAGUUUGGGCCCGCCUACCCACCCGAGACUGGCUGACCUGUGGGCGGCGGCUCAGACGGAGCCCCAUCAGAUGGAGAUGUUGGGACACAUGGGCGUGACCAUGGCCGAAAUGGGAAUGGGGGAAGUGUAUGGUGAGGAAUACGUAGCGGAGUCCGAAUGCAUCCCAGAGCAGCAAGAGGAGGAGGAAGUCAAGGAGGAUGACAUAACACUUACCCUCGAACCCGAGCUGUCGUCUGUAACUCCCGCCCUGACCCCUCCGUCUCUGAGAGAGGACUCCACCCCACCUGGGACCAUGAGCCCAGGGCAAGCACCAGCAGAGCCAGUGGUUGAGCACAUGACCUAUGAAGUCACAUCCUGCGUCGUCCAAUCACAAGAGGAGAAAGAGGAAGAGGUGGGGGAUGGGGCUGUUGUCAUUGUGGCAACCAACUGAUGGUUUAAAUCGAGUGGCAUCCGAAAGUGGAGCGAAAAAAACAAAACUGUCUGUGAAAUAAUCCACCAGUUAAGCUAUUGUAUACGCCCUUUUACCCCAGAUGUGAACUCGUAAGGACUGUCACAUCAGGAACAAAACAUGCUCUGAGCUCUGGGCGCCUAUAGAGACUAAACGCAGGAGAGUGUCAAAGCCAGGAUGAAACAUUAUAUGUGCUGCUGCUGCUGUUUUAUGGCAGGAGCGCUGGAGUCCAAGGCCGCUUACGAAUGAAAACGAAGAGUGCAAUACUGAGAAAUUAAUACAACCAAAAGAAAGUGCAUGCAAUUUUUUUUUUUUUUUUGAGUAUUUAAGUGACUGAAUUAACAGUAUCCACAUAGUAAUAAUAUAUAUUGAUUUUUGUAAUUAAACUAAAAGCCAAUGAAAUAUAUAUAUAACAUAUAUAUAUAUAUGUUAUAUAUAUAUAUAACAUGUAUGUACUGUAUGUAUGUUAGUAUGAAUGUAUGGAUGUAUGUGUAUUUAAAGGUAUAUUCGAAAAAAAAAAAAACGUUACGAAUUUGCCGUUUGCGUGAAGUGUCCCCUAGGUACCUCCAACACACUUGCACACACUUUCACAAACACUGAUGCACACACAAAUACACACCCUGGAAAACAUGUUUUUGCUCUUAAUGUAUCCAAGCACAAUACUGCCCAAAUGGAAACAGUGCUGCCCUUUUCAACAUCCUAACUGUAUUGUUACUAAGACUUAUGCACUAUUAUGGACAAAAACGAAUGUAUUGCCUAUCUUCAUAGCGACAGCCCAGUUCUGUCCUCAAGUUUUUUUAUUUGUUCUGCUUUAUUUUUCUCAUCAAUGUCUGUGUUUAUCUUGCCUGGCGGAGCUGCUCAAAAUUGAUUUGCACUGAACAACAAAAAGAAAACUGAUGGAUAAUCAUCGUCAUUCUGGGACGUUCCAUUAAUCUUCUCAUGCAAAAAGAGGAGUAAACUUUGGAUGCUUUUAAUCCGUUGAGGUUGAGACUACAGGGAACCUAACUGAUUCCUGAAGACCGUACAUGGAUCCAUUCAUUAAAAUUUUUGAUGAACUAACAUGCAGGAGCCAUUUAUAUCAUGCAUGCAUUUUCUUUAUUAUUUACAUUAUAGCUUUCCCUGUUGCUGACAUAAUGCAGAUGAAGAGAUAAACUCUCAUUACCUCAGUAAAAUCACUUGGUAAUGGGCUAGAUGACAUGUUAGGUCACAGUAUGUUCUUGUCAUGAAAGACCGUAUGACUGUGGAAAGAAGUGAAAAGAAGGUGCUUUUCUGGUUAAUGCUUGCAGGCUUUCCACUAAUUAUUGAAUAAGCUGUAAUUUAAAAACCCGCUGCAGAAAGAAGUGCCCUCGAAUACUAGCGUGCACAUGUCAAGCCUUUGUCGAUACUUAUAUACGUUCCAAAAGAGAGAGAAAACUAAAACAUUUUGGAUGUGGCAACACUAAUUUAGAUUUAGAAGGCGUUUGGUUUAGCAAUGAUUUAUAUUCUUUGAUGGUUUUGAGAGUUUUGAUUAAUGCUGUUAUGCAAUGCUGUGGUAACAUUUAUUUUUCUAUACUAAUGAGGCCUGCGUGUUGUCAUUCGUUGUGAUGUUUCGAACAUCACAGGACUAGCAGCUGCCGAAUGAGAGUCAUUUUUAAAGAUCUCAUGUUUGUUUUGGAAAUUCGAGAGCAGGCGAAAUGAGAAAGAUUGAAGUGGAUGAUCUCUCGUUGUUAGAUUCUUUGGAAAGUACACUUUCAGCAUUUUUAAUGUCAGAGCUCUUUGUGAAAUGUCCAAAAGAUGGUGACAUUAUUAGCUCACAGCAAUGAUGUCAUAAUUCUGCCAUACUCUGUGAAAUAUGAUGCAUUUAGUGCAGAAUGGCAAAGCAACACGUGAAAUCAGAAAUGGGUUUCUGAUUAUUGAGGAAUAAAAAUAAAGCAAGUUAGCAAUCUUGCAGUUUCUUCAGCUCCAUUCGGUGUCACCCUGUAACCUCAUGUGCAUUUUAAUAUGCUGUAAAUAAAAUUCUUAUUGCGAA